AUGGCGGGAGUGAAGCGGGCUCGGCGCGCAGCGGCGUCGUCGCGGUCGCCGUCGCCGGAGAUGGACGUGCUGUACUACAACCUGCUGCUCGCCGCGCUGCGCGCCCGCCAGGAGGCCGGCGUCGCGUACUACGGCGCGUUCGUCGCCGACCUUGAGCCCGUACCGCCCGACCUCUACGCGCACUGGGUGCCGCCGCCCGGCUCCUUCGCCGUGCAGCGCGCCGACGGCGACGACGACGAGCGCGGCGCGGAGGACGAGGACGCGGCAGGGCGGGACGGCGCGGACGACACGGACGCGGACGCGGGGGAGCACGCGGGGUCGGACGGCGAGGGGGGCGCGGACGACGCAUCGGCGGAAGCGGUGGUUGCGCGCAGGGGUCCGGGCAGGCCGCGGUCGGCGCGGAGCCGGCCGGGCGCGUCAGCAGGCGGGGCAGCGGCGGGCGGGGAGAGCGGCGGCGCGGCGGCGAGCGAGGAGGCGAUGAUGCCCGCGUGGCUGAAGGAGCUCAUCGCGGCGGACAGGGAGAGGGCCGCGCAGCAGCAGCAGGGCGGUGAGCAGGGCGGGGCCGAUCAGCAGCAACAGGGGGCGGAGGGGUUGUCGUUCCCCGUGGUGGACAGCAACAUGAUCCGCGGGUCGUUCCCCGCCGCCGUGGCCGCCGUGCGCUUCCUGGAGCGCGCCCGGCGCCGCCUGGGGGGGCUGCCGGGGCGCACGGGGGAGGUGGAGAUGGGCGGAGGGGUGGGCGGAGAGGGGGAGAAGUGGAAGGACCGCCUGGCGGAGGAGAUGAUGACGUCAGCGCUGGGGGUGAAGGGCACGCUGGGGUCUAGGGAGGGCGGGCGAGGGCGGGAGGGCGGGGGGGAGAAGAUAGAGCGGUGGACGCCCAACGAGGACGCCAUCCUGCUGGUGGGCCGCGUGCUCUUCGGCACAAGAUGGAUCAGCAUCGAACGCAUCCUGCCCGGCCGGUCGAUCCAGGCCAUCAAGACGCGGUGGCUCAACUACCUCAAGGGCCUCUUCCGCCGCCACCGUUGGGGGCUGCAGGGAGGGCGCUGCUCAGCAUGCCGGCUGUGCCACCCGCUGGAGCAGCUGCAGAUGGUGGCGCAGGCAGAGCAGGGGGAACAGUGGGCGCUGCCCCAGGAGCUGCUCCAGGGGCUGCUUCAGGUGGUGCUGGCGGUGGCGUGGUCACAUCAGGAGUAG